AUGGAUGACGCGCACUUGACACCGGGGCCCGUCCAUUCUGUCCGACAUGACCAACAUGAGCUGGCUGUACGUCGGAAGCGUAUGCUUGACGAAGAUGAAGACACGGACCAUGAGCUCAUCACGCCUAAGCACUUGCGCGAAUCGUACGAGCCACGGCAACAUGUUGCUCUUGUCGGUUCGGAGCUGCGCCCCGCUGUCUUCAACAUGCCGAGCACCGUUGCCUCACGACUCUCAGAGCGCGCGUCGCCAACGAAGCCAAAGCGUGCACCUUUGCUUUUCUCACCCAGGGAUCUCGAGCACUCACAGCGAGCGGCGCAUCGAAUGGAGCAGGUAUUGGCUCUGCCAUACGUCUUGGAUGCACAGCUUGAUCUACCCACCUCUUUCCAGCAACUUAUCAUAUAUCACAAAGCUGUGGAACAUUCUCUACUUGUGCAUAUGGCAACACAUGGUGCGCCCGCAGCUGAGCCAUGCACCCCGUCGUCACGCCAGCAAGUCGUGAUCCCCAAUGUGCUCACAUUCCAGCGACUUAGACCUUUGGUCGAACGCACUUGCCGUCGGUCCUUCAGUGUCGCUGAUUUUCGCCGACUAGUGUGGCUAUGGUCUCACGCACCUGACACACCCGACAUGCCUGGUCUUCAUACGGGCGGCAUGGGCUUUCGUAUAUCUCGUGUAAGCACAGUGGAUAUGCAUACGUCUCGCAGGAUGUACGACUGGGCUAUUGGCAUUGAAAUGUCUCUCCAUCGGAUUCGUGCACCGCCUCUGAAGGUUCAUUAUGGCCCUUCACAGAACGGUACAAAGUCCUUGGAACGUCCACAUUCGCCUUUGCAGACCCCCGCUAAAUCACCCACGGCCUCCUCGCCGCCGCAGACACCUUCGCGUGAUGACUUGAGUCACCUUGCCGUCUGGAAUGCUGGUAUUGACGAACGCCAUAUGGAGAUAAAGUACCGUCUUACGCAUCUGGUCGCCGCUGCGCAUGCUCAGUGGCUUGGAGGGCAUCCUGAGAAGUCUCUGGAUGCGUGCUUGGAAAGCGGUUCUCCAUCUUCACAUGAAGCAUUGGCCCUCGCUGUAUCUUCCAAGAUCGACCCGUCUACAGUCCGCACGCCAGGCGCUGCUCUUGCCCCGCCUUUGACUCCUACAUCCACUUCAAAGCCGCGUUCGAUGGCCCCUCAGGGUUAUAACACGCGCGAGUCAGGUCUUUUGACUCCUGCUGCUUCUCGGUCCUCUGAUGGACAUGCUAAGCGUGUCGUGAUGGAUGUGUCAGAACUCUCGCCUCCUGCGAGUCCACUCGCGGCGCGUUCUCAACAUUUGGAGACGCCUAUGACGCCACCGUCUCCAUCCAUGCAUGGGUCUUCUCCGUCCCUAAGACGCGUGUCUCGGCGCCUCGUCCGUUGGCACCCUGAUUUUUCGCUUGACUCUUUGCCGCCUAUACCCUUGGCUCAACUUCCGCCACUUGCGGCUCUUCCAUCGGAGCUGACGAAAUCUACUUCAACGACCUUGUCUUCCAUGUCUGCCUCGGCGCAGUCUCCUAUGUCCAAAGUCGUAUCGACACCGGUGCAAGCUCGACCGCAAUCGCUUGAGGAGCGUAUUCGUGCCAAAGAACAGGCAAUUCGGGCUUCCACUCAAGCAUCAAAUUCCAUGUCUGCUCUGCAAGAGCGGUCUGUACUUUCGCGAUUGGGCGAAAUGGCCGAUGCCAUCUAUGUUUUAUAUACUUCUCUGCCUAGCACGCAAGCUGCUCAUGGCGAUCGCCGGUCUAGUGUUCUGCCUUUGAAUGACGUGCUGGCGUCCUUAGAGAAGUCUGCCCGUGUUGCCAUGAGCCGCGCAGAGAGUCGUGCUUGCCUCGAUAAGCUUAUGCACAUUGUACCCGGCUGGCUGGAGCCUUGCACGAUCGGUUCACGUACUUGGCUCAAGUUGCACCACGAUGCAGCUCCUGGACGUGGCCUGCGUGAAGUUCGCGAAAAGAUCCAUGCCGCCAUGACAAAGUCUACCUGUAGAUAA